AUGGCUUCUUCGGUGGCGGAGGACGCGUCCGAGCGCGGGGCCUCGGGGAUUCUGGCUCGGCUCUUUCCGCGGUUUAGCAGGUGGUGGAGUCGGCGUCAAGCGCGUCGAAAUCAGCACGUGUUUUUCGUAACCAAUUACGAUGCACACGAAGACGGGUUCAUUCGCGACAGACUCCUGGCCAAGUCGGCGGGCGCCUACGGGGAGGAGGGCGCCGCGGCUGAGGCCUCUUCAACGCCUGGGGCUGAGCGGCAGCUCCUCGGCGCCGACACCGGCGAGAAACCACGGGAGGCGUUUCUGCCGGAGAGCCCCGGGGGGGCGUUCCUGCAGGGCAUUCGGUCAGACAACGAAAUUCACACGGCCAAGUACUCGCUGCUGUCGUUUUUUCCGCUCGUGCUCUUUUACCAGCUCACGCGUUUUUCGAACUUUUACUUCAUCUGCAUUGCAAUGCUUCAGCUGGUGCCCGCCAUCAGUCACUCGGGCGGCGUGCCGACGUACCUGAUCCCCAUCUCCAUCAUCAUUGGGCUCUCGGUUGUGAAAGAGUUCUUUGAGGACUACGGCCGGCACCGAAGCGACGAGGAAGAAAACUCGAAGCGCGUGCUGGUCUUCGAAAAAGGCGAACUCGUUGAGAAGCAGUGGCGCCACGUGCGCGUCGGCGACGUGGUGAAAAUCACUGCGGGGGAGCAGUUCCCGGCGGAUCUCGUCUUGCUUAACUGCGCCCACGACUUUGGCAUUUGCAACGUGGAGACCAAGAACGUGGACGGCGAAAGCAACGUAAAGAGUCGAUUCUGUCUGCCGAAACUCACGCGCAUCUUCGCCGACGACGAGACGGCUGGAAAAGCGAAAGUCCGCUUCCUCUGCGAACCCGUGUGCGACAACCUCACGAGCUUCACAGGCAAGGUCAUUCUACCCGCCUUGAGGAACUGCGAGAGCGAAGAGCAAGCGGCCAGAGGGAGCAGGCGCCGGCGGCGCAGCUCCAGAGGCGCAGGUCGCGAGAGCCGCGACAUGACGGCGGUCGACCGCAAGGAGAGCAACACGCACAAGGCAGCUGCAACGAGCUUCCAUGCCGACGACACAAGCGGUGGCGCCGGGCGGCGCGUCGCCUUCAACGUCGUGCUCCCCCAGCGGCCCUCGUCUGCGUCGGGGGGCUUGGGUGCGGAGGACGACAGGCGCUCCAGCCUCGAAGGGCCUGCGGCCGUCGCAGCAAGCGGCAGCGCCGACAGCUCCUCAGCGGAGAGCGCAGACGAGAGGCCAGCGCAGGCCGUCAGCUUCGACGGCGCGCGAGUCGUGGACCGGGGCGAGGACCCGAGUGCGGAGUUCCGCGAACGGAACCGCGUGGGAAAGUGGAAAAAGGAGGCGAAGAAGUGGCGCUCGCGCAGCAGGAAACCCGAGGCCCCGGUCGACCGCGAAGAGGAGGAGGAAGAAGCGGCGCUCAGCUUCAAACAACUCCUCCUCAGAGGCACCUCCAUGGUCGAAACAAAGUGGGCGUACGGCGCUGUCGUCUAUGCAGGCAAGCAGACGCGGCUGAUGAUGAACGGACGCGUGGGGUCGAUGCAGAAGUGGUCGCGCCUGGAGUUGAACUACAGCUCGCACGUCGUGGUGAUGAUUCUCGUCCAAGUCCUCUCUGUGCUGCUUCUCUCGUUCAUGUCGAUCUACUGGAUUGAGACGCAGGGGUACCGCGCGACCUACUUAGAUCUGCGCCACUACGUGUCAACCCUGGAAAACUUCGGCAUCACCUUUGGGGCCACCUUCCUCGUCUUCGCCUCCUUCGUCCCCAUCGACCUCUUCAUGCUCUGGGAAAUCUGCAGAUUCGUUCAGGGCCUCUUUAUCAACUUCGACGACCAGAUGAAGAGUGCUGAGACGGGACGCCACGCCCUCAGCCAGGCUUCGCAGCUGAUUGAGGAGAUGGGCAACGUGACCCACGUGUACAGCGACAAGACGGGAACUUUGACGAAGAACCUGAUGCAGCUCAAGUGCGUCGGUCUGGGUCACAGCUUCGAAUACGGCAUGGACAAAUGGUGUGACGAACGCGCCAGCAUGAACGUGACCGACCGCGCGUUUCAGAAACAAAUGCGACAGCUCAAGGCGGACGCCCACCGGCGCAGCAUGCUCUCGCGGCGCCUCUCGCAGGCCCCGCCGCCGGUGCUGGACCGUGCGAGACACCUCUUCCUCAUCAUGGGCAUAUGCCACACAGUUUUGAUUCGCGAGAAGAAGGCUGAGCAGAAGGAGGCCGCGAAGGCCCCGAGCCCGCGGGGGUUCAUGGAGCGCAUUACCACGACUGUGCUGCCGCGCAGCGAAGCGCCCGCAGCACGCGAGGAGGAGGCGCGCCGCGGCCGCGGCCUGAGCCGCGGUAAGACGCAGCUGCGAACCACGAGCGAACAACCCCGCCAGAAGCGGCAGGGUGCGAAACUGGCGACGCUGGCGGCCUUCUCGAUUUGCAGCAGCGCAGGGAGUGUGGACGCGGAGACGGGGACGAGACGCAGGUCGACGCUCCGCCACAUGCGGAGGAGCCAGAGCCUGUCAGGCGUGCAUCCAGGCGACGGCCGGAUGGUCGCGUCAUACACUGAGUAUUCGCGGCUGGAAAGCGACGACGACUUUACGCCCUCGCCGAGACGCACCGCGUGGUUCGACGAGGCCUCGGGCUUCGCCUUCCGCGACUUCGAACCCGAGCCCCCCGAGUACGACGCUAGCUCGCCGGACGAGCUGUGCCUCAUCAGUGCGUGCAAUUAUUUCGGCUUGGAGUUCGCCGCGCGCCCCUCGCUCUUGGACAUGGAGCUCGAGCUCACCUCGUCCUUCAUGGUUGAGUUGCUUCUGGGCUGGAAACGCGAGGCGGAGAUGCGGCAGCAGAGCUCGCCGGGUGACGCGCGCGAGGCCCGUGCGAGUGCACCAAACGUCGCAGAGCCGCCAACAGGCACCCCUGCAUCCCCCAGCCAGGCGUCUGGCAGCUGGCGGCAGCGCAGUCCCGACUUCACAGAGAUGACUGAGCAGCUCAUUGUGAAGCAGCUGGAGCGCGCGCAGCGCCUCAUCGCUGGAGAGCGACACCAAGCGGCGCGGGCGCCGGCGCAGGGUGCCUCGCCGUCGUUCGAGUUCGACGUGCCCGACGGUCAAAAGAGCGGUCAAGAGACCUCACGGCCGGCGAUGGCUGGGGACGCAGCGGAGGGCGCGCCGGGGGACAGGCACGACAGGAAGACGGGCAGCCAUGGCGCGGUCGGCGCAUCGCCUACCAGUGCAGCGCCGACCGAGGCUUGGUGGCGGGAGGACGGUGGAGCGGGCGGCUAUGGGGUCGGGGUCUCGCAGGGACGCCGAUGCGUCUCUCACGCGGCCGUGCCGUUCCUGUCCUUCAACAUCUUGGACGUGCUCGAGUUCGACAACGACCGAAAGCGCAUGAGCGUCAUCACGCGCGGCUUCGAUGGUCGCCACCUUCUCCUCUGCAAAGGCGCCGACACCCAGAUGAUCGCGGUCGCGGAGCCUGGACAAGAUGAUCACCUGGCCGCCAUCAACGCGCAGCUGCAUGGCUUUGCUUGCUCCGGCUUGCGCACGCUGGUCUUCGGCUACCGCUACCUGCCGCCGGGGCUCUACGAGGACUUCCACAAGAAAUUCACUGCAGCGCAGCAACUCCUCGGCGACGAGCAGGAGCGAGCCGUGGCAGACUGCAUCGCGAUGGUAGAGAAGGACCUGCGCCUCGUGGGCUGCUCAGGCAUCGAGGACAAGCUCCAGGACGACGUUCAGGGCACAAUUAAGGAUCUGAAGACCGCGGGAAUGAAGGUGUGGGUGCUAACAGGCGACAAACUGGAGACGGCCAUCAACAUUGGGCACAGCACAAAUCUGAUUACCGAGGCGGCGUAUAACGCAAUCAUCGACGCUAAAAGCAAAGCCGAGAUCCUAGACCAACUUUCGAAGCACGAACGUCACUGCCGCAUGGCGAACCUCCUGGGCUACCGAGGCGAGGACGUUCGUGACAGCCAGUGGUGGGCGGAAAUCGACUGGGGAGACCUCGGGAUGAAUCCGGACGAAGACGAAGAGAUCAAAGAGCUUCUGAACGAGAAAGCGCGGUCAAAGACAUCUCGCGAAGAGCUCUCGCCGCAUCUACCUGCGCCUCCAAGCUCCAGCAAAGACAAGGUGCCAGGCGAAGAUCCAACGCCCGCAGCGACCGUCGUGAACGUCCUGACCCAGCCGCUUCCAACCGGCAGCCUCGCAGGCGACGUGGUGCACUCGGCGCCAGGCACUCAAGGGCAGGUAUCUCCGGCGGGCGAGCCGACCGCGCCGAGCGACGUGGGCAGCCAGCAAAACGCCACGGCUGAAAGGGCGCGGCUUCUCAUGAAAGACCCCGAAGUUGGCACGCCGCGGCCGUGGGACGCGUCAAGAGCGUCCAGCCGCGCGGGCUCGGCGUUCCUCGACUGGGAUCGACGCCGCAUCUCUCCUCGCGGGCACUCCCGCCGCAGCCGCGCCAAAAGCCCGCGCGCGGGGAUGGUGCGCUCUCCGAGUGCGGCCUCAUCGUGCCCGUUGGCGCCGGCAGGCUCGGCGCCUGGCGCGGAUCCAUGCGUCUCCUCUCGAGCUUCCGCGAGUCAGCCACUUCGCCCCGGAGGCCACCGCGGGCGCCUGCAAGAGAGGGAGAAGCAGCGCAACAAGGUGCGAGUGGCUCGGUCGGCGGGCGACGCGGGCGAGAUGAUUCCGGAGUCGUCGCCGAGCGCUCCCCCUGCGCUGCGGGUGGGCUCGCGGCGGAAGGGCAGAAGGCGGUUCACGGCCAGGUCGCGACUCUGGAACCCGGCGAAGCGCCUGGCGGAGGACGGUGGGUUCCGCAGCCACAAGUCGCAGGUGCGGGACUUGGAAGCCUUCUUGGAGGCUGAGAGCCUCGCCUCGUUCACGCCGGGGAAACCCGGGAUGCCUGAAGGGCUGUCGAAUCUCUCUGGCUUCGGGACCGACGUGCGGUUUCGCGAGUAUAGCGAGUUUUGUAUAACCGUCACAGGUGCGGCGCUGGCGGAGAUCAUGGGGGACCGCCUCUUGAAAGUGAAGUUCUAUUCGCUGGCGCGGCACGCGUCCACGCUGAUAGCUUCCCGCGUCACCCCCAAGCAGAAGGCCUUGCUUCUGCGGCAGAACUCCGCAUUCAACCCGAGGGGAACGUCGCUAGCGAUUGGCGACGGAGCGAACGAUGUGGCGAUGAUCCUGGCCGCUUGCGUCGGAGUGGGCAUCGCGGGCAAAGAAGGUCUCCAAGCUGCGCGGUCGGCAGACUUUGCCAUCGGGGAGUUCCGGUUCCUGCGAAAUCUGCUGUUUGUUCACGGGCGCGAGGCGCUGCGGCGCAACUGUUUUCUGGUGUAUUCGUGCAUUUUCCGCAACGCCGUCAUGUGCUGGUGCACGUUGGCGAUGAACCACCUCUGUGGCUUCAGCGGCCAGGACGUCUGGAAUCAGUGGACGAAGCAAAUCGUUUCGCUCGCGUUCAACUGUCUGCCUCUGCUGGCAUUCGUGACCCUGGACCGGCAGGUCCCGCAGAAACUCCUCUUAGAAAAUCCGGUGCUGUACGAAAUCACACCGUCCACGUUUUGGCCGUAUUACACCAGUCGAAGGAUUCUGGAGGCGCGGACGUGGAUCAACUACCUGAUUCUUGACCCCGUGUCUCGUAUGGGGUUCGCACUCGGCAGGCUCCUCAUGUGCCCUUUCGCGUGCUGUUGUGACCGGCUAGAUUUUUCAGUGCUGAACGACUGGUUCCAGCAUCGCAAGAAACCGGAAAACGACAGGUGCUACGGCACACACUGUCUGCUGGUCUGGCUGGCCUUCGCCUUCUGGGUGGCUGUCGUCCAGCUGACCUUCACCAUUUAUAGUGUGGUCGGAGCGUGGACGCCUUACGCCAAUCUGUCUCACGGCUUCACCUCGCUUCAGUUCGACUCGUUUUCACACGUUGUCGAGCUGGCUUACGUCAUCACUACCAACGGCGUGGUGGCGUUGAUGACCAACACGUGGACGGUGAUAGGCGUGAUCGUCCACGUGGGGGAGCUAGUCGCGGCGCUUAUUUUCUGGGUGAUCAUCUCAUACUGGAAAGUGUUUUUGUCCGUCGUCGGAGCCGAGAUGCUGCACGGAACCUUCGUUCUCACUUCCCUGUGCGCCCCUUACUACUUGGGACUCACCAUCACCAUCGUCGCCUGCUUUCUUCCGCUCCUAUUGCCCAUGGCGUGGCAAAUGGCUCGCCAGCCAACCCUCGAACAAGUCCUACUCGAGCAGCUCAGGCAGGGAACUUACAAGCCUGUCGAGGCGAAACGCGGUCGCCGCGCAAGCGGCGUAGCCUACGUCGCUGUGGAAGCCCCUCAGGCAGAAGGCGAGGAGACUAGGUCCGGCGCAGGCCGCGACGACGAAUACAAGGGCUUUGCCUUCACGCAUGAGCCAGUCUUUGGCGUUCUCCCCGCCCUCCAGGAGGCGUACAAAGCCAUCAAAAAGACCGGCGAAGGUGCCAAGGUGCUCCUGCGCAGGACUCACACCUUCAUCAAGGGUGGAGAGGCAACUGACAUGAAAAAGUAG